GUCUGCUAGUCGAUACAGGCCAAAUUUGAAUUUCGCUCUUCGAUGGAAGCAAACUCUCCCUAUUUCUCGAGCAUUACACCUAUAGAUGUAUCACUUCAAAAUGCCAUCAAAUUGGAAUGCUUGGAACUUGUACAACGUUCCAUCGACAGAGGAGCCAACAUUGACUGUCAAUACCCAGAUGACUGGAACAGCCCGCUGCACUUGGCCGUGUUGAGUGACUGUCGUGAUUCAUUGGUUCAAAUGCUGAUGAAUCAUCAACCGACCUACGGUUUGGUGAAUGGGGAAAACCUAACCGCGGCCGAGCUGGCCUUUCGCAAUGGUCACAGUUCGCUUGGGCUGCAGUUGAUCGAAGCGGAGUUUAGUGAAUUCGCUCCAGAAGAAGCACUGUAUCAGAUGUUGCAAAGAAAUUCUGUGGAAGCGCUAGAGGUACUGAUAAAAAUGUUAAAUUUAUCGUCGCCACAUUUGGUGGAAUGUUUGGCUAAGGCAUGGGGUAAACUGGAAAUCAUGAAUGUUAAGCUCUCUCCGAAGCUGGAAUUGUUCGCUCAAUUGUUUAUUAUACGCUCCGGUUACGAAGAGACACCGCAGAACACAACUGGGUCGAUAGGAUCGACGAUAAGCCAGUCGGAGACAUCCGAAAGAAUGCAGUUGCUGAUGGACGCGAUCAACUGCUUGGAACAGAAAUAUGAUACUGGAUUGUGCGAUGAUGUGAAUGAUGAGUUUUUAGAGUUGUUAAGAUUAAUUCUGAAGCACUUGUUUUUCGUUAAGAAUCGAAUCGAGUACUUCCCGGUACUGCAGUUGGAGUUUUGUGUGGCAAUGUACUUGGCGAUUUUUGAUCGUCGACCAGAGUUGGAUUUGUUUCAACUGCUUAUAAAUAAGUGCCUGAUAGUGAAAUUCCUUCUAAAAUUCAAAGAAGCGUUUCUUGGUACGAAGAAAAAUGACGAAAGAAUGACAUGUGAAAUUUUAUACCACCUAGCAAAAGUAGUGAUAACUGAUAAAACUAAAAAGUGUAAGGAGAUCAUAGCAAUUUGGAAGGACGUUGUAGAUAAGAAAUACAGUUUUAAGGAGCAGGUGAUGAUUAGGAAUAAACUGUUAGCCUGCUCAUCGAUCAAUAGCAUUCAUUCAACGCAGUUUAGUGAGCUUACCAAAUCAGAAUGCGCUAUACUAAAGACUGAAGUUGGUGCAAUCAAUAGAAUGUUUGAAUCUAGAAAGGUACGAUAUCGAAAUAAGGAUUUGUUUAGAGUUUAUUUUAAAUUAAAACAGACGUAUUCACUCCAGAAAGCAAUCGGAUGUUUGGCUAUUAUAGAAAAAAUUGACAUGGAUUUAAAUCCUCGCAGUUACGUUUCUAUGCUGGCCAUUCAACGCUCUUUACAAGUUUUAGGAGAAUCUCUGAAAUCGACUAAACUUUCACCGAACAUUUCAACUAAUUUAAGAUCCGCCCUGGAAUUUAUGGCACCCGGUGACAUUCUGAACCGCAUCACCAAGAUGCGUCAAUUCUUUUCCCACGAGUACUCACGAUCGAAGCAUUCCUUGUAUAACAGGUUGAGGCUUAACGACGAAGAACUAUUCCUGCUAUGUAAGCGAAUACAAGCAGAGCUAAUGAAAGUUGCUUCAUUAUUGAAGAAUAUUUAUAUUGGACAGAUUGAAAAAUGUUUCCACAGUUUUCUAGGAUUGAUCAGGUCACUUGAAUCGGUGCAAGAAAUACAUUCACUGGCAAAAGCCUGCCAGGUUCCAUACUCGUUUAAAAUUGAUUUCGACCUCGAGUCUGCCGAUGUAUCAGGUGUUGAUAAAUUGCUACACGAAUUAGAAAGUAUCUACAAUAAUUAUGAGCACAAAGAGAAUUUGGCCACUGUUACCAAAAUGAAAGCAACAUUAGAAAAUUAUAAAAAUUUUCUUAACAGAACUACGAUCGACUUCAUGACACCGUUGGUUAUAUCCAGUAUCGGAAUGCUGAUGUUAAACGAAAACUUAAUGUACCUCAAAAAUAUUGUGGGAUAUUUGUUGAAUAGUAGUAACGAUCCUAAAAGCUAUUACUACGGCGUUAAAUCGUUGAUUAUGCACAACUGCAAUAAAGAGUUACAACACUUGGUGAAACUUGAAGCAAAUUCACUGAACCAAAGUGCUGAUGCUAUGAAGAGACUAAACAUCAUACAGAACUUGAUGAAGUUAGCAUCAGCAGAAGAAAUCGAUUCAAUGUAUGAUCUUGUUUCAGGUAAAAAAUCAUGCAACACCCUAAAAACAACACAAGAAAUUGUAGAAUCAUUACAGCUGACAUUAACUUCAAACGAUCUUCUAUCAGAACUGAAUAAAAGCUUGACUAAAUACUAUGCGAAUUUAUUUGCCCUGGAUGAAAAAUACCGUAGUGUUAAACAAUUUUGCAAGCGGCACAAACUGAAGUAUAGUAACGAGAUGACUUUGCAAUGUAGAAAGAAGGACAUUAUCUAUUACGGACAAGUGUUUAAUGAGCUUAUAAACGAUUUGGCCGAUAUAAUCGCCUUACCGUGUGAUACGGGGACUAGAGAGAUCGUUUCUCUACUAGCAUCCGUUGAGAGCUAUCAAAUAGACACUCCCGAUAUAUUGGCUAUUGAAAUAAUCCUUCUGGAAAUUUUGGAAAUUCUGUCUACCCUAGGUAUACUUUCGGAUAACCGAGCGGCAAUUUCGUGCUAUCGUCCUGUGAUAAACGGACGCAAUCUUCGGAACUAUUUGGCUCACGAUGCACUUGUGUACGAAACUCUUUGUCGCAAUCAUAAUCCACAAAGGAGUGUCUUGCUGAAUGCGAUUUGCUUAUGUCGCUAUUUGAACAUUGAUUUGUACUGUCAAAAUCAGAAGCUUCGUAAUGCCGAGAACAGCGCGAAAAUUACAUCUAUGGACCAAUGGAUAUGUCGAACACUCGAACAGAAGACACUUCUUUUCCAAAUAAUUUCACAGGGAAAAUUCGGAGACGUUUCAGAAAAGCAUGAAAUCAAAGCUCGAACUUUCAGAAAAACGAGCAUUGUGCAAGUCGUACACGAAAAGCACUCGGAAGAAUUUAUCCUCUUUCAGCUUGGGAAAUCGAUGCGAAUGAAACCAUUGUUUGACGUUCUGUUACGUGUUGCUCCGAAUCAGAUACACAAUUUCUACGAUGAUGACGAGUUCACAAUUCGGCAACUUGCUAGCAAGCAGAAUUUACGAAAUAACGCAAACUUUUAUCUUGCUCUCACACAUCACCAUUUCGAAUUAGAGCAAGAAUUGGAUCAACUGUAUGGCGGUGCCUAUACCGAGGAUAGCCUUCACCUGACAAUCCUGUUUCGGAACGAACGUUCUGCUCUGGCCAUAAUGGACUGUCCUCGGUUGUAUGCCUUCUGCAAGUCAGAUGCCCAUAGGUUUGGUCAUACGAUUCUUGCACAGGCCGUGCUGUAUAAACUGCCUUCAGUGAUCCGACGCAUCUGCGAACUAAGUCCGGAAAUCAUUGAGCACACAAACACCGCUGCUGAAACUGCUCUGUUUCUUGCAAUUUCAGUCGGAUGGAGAAAAUCGGUGGAGAUCUUGAUCGAAUAUGGAGCUAAGAUUCACACUCCCAGUAAUGUCCUUAAAUCGCCAAUAGUCUACGCUGUGAGAAUGAGAAAGGAUGAACUAUUGGAUCUACUUCUCCCGUCGGACGAUGAUUUGUCGAUGAAUCAAGACCUCCUGGAUCAACUUAUUAACUGUGCAGGUUAUGUUAACCAUUACGACCUACUUCGGAAACUUAUUCCGUUGACAAACUCAACAAAUGCACUAGCGAAUGCACUGAACUCUGCUUCAACGAAGCACAAUCUAGAAGCAAUAGAAGUGCUUCUUACAUACCAGCCAACUUUGAUCAACAUUAUAUUCGCAAACGGACAUACUGCUUUAUUCAACGCAUGCUACGGUGGAUCUCUUCGAGUGAUUGUGAGGCUUCUACAACAAGGAGCGGAUUGCAAUAUCCCCCAAGAAUAUAGCGCUCUUUUUUGUGCGAUUGAUAGAAACCAGCAUUCAGUUCUAAGAACAUGCAUAGAACAAAAUUUGAUUAGUGCGAGUAAUCGGGAUUCGCUGGUGGAACAUUUGAUUCGGAAAUCGAAACUGAAAAUGGCGUGGAUGGCAUUCGAAGCUGGGUACUCUUGCUCUAUUCAGGAAUUGAAAAAGCUUAACAACGACGCUAUGUUGGAUAUAAUUCCUAGGAUGUGUUUGGCGAAACCGGAAAUGGUUCUAGAUCUCGAUGGUGAUAUAGCUGCCAAAGCAAUACUGUUAAAAAAAGAAAAGUUGUUCAACAGAAUUAUCGAUAGAAAUUUUUCAACCAUGCCUGAUGAAAGCCGUGCCACCAUCCUUAAUAGUGCUAUUAAAGUAAACAAUAAGCAAUUGAUUAUUUCGUUGGUGGAUCGUGGUUGUGACGUGAAUCUGAUCGAUACGAAUGGAAUAACAUCACUAGCGUUCGCUGUUUCGCUUGGUAAAUCAGAUCUGGUCAAGUUGCUACUGAAGUUUGGUGCCGAUCCCAACCGUCAGUCGGGUGUGAACUGUGACGUCGCCUUCACAGCCAAAUCACUAAUUGACGUGGAUUCGGUUGUAUCGCCUCUGAGCUAUCCGCUGAUUUUAGCUAUUUACCACGAUCACACGAAAAUUGCGGAGUUCCUGCUCCAGAAUGGCGCUGAAGUCGAUAGACACGAUCAACGUGGCGCUACUGCGUUAAUAAUGGCCAUUUUCAAAGGCAAUAUAGGAAUCAUCCAAAAGCUUAUCGCAUUGGGAGCUAGUGUCGAAUAUGCCUGUAGUUUUAGACAUUCGAUGUUUGAGGGAGGCACUGCUGUUCAUGCUGCAGCGUCAUUUGGUCAGGUGGAAGUUCUUAGCUGUUUGAUCGAACAGUAUGGGUUUGAUCCGAAUAUGAUCGACUAUCAUGGAAAUACUAUUCUUCAUUAUGCAAUCAUGGGUAAGCGAGCCAACGUGCUGGAAUAUCUGAAAAAUGUCGGAUGUUGGACAACCGCGAAUGAAAGGGGAAUCAAUCCGAUGCAACUUGCUUUGAGAGAACUAGAUUCCGAUAUCUUUCAAGUUGUUCAAAGUUUACCGGCAAUAACCGACGCCAUCCAAUCGUUUCGGAAUGUACAAGGACAAACGGUGCUACAUCUUGCCGUAAUUCGUGGAAACGUUACAACCUUACAAAAACUACUGGAUGAAUUCGCUUUCGACGUUAACCAACUUGAUCAUCAAGGAGGUGCUCCUAUUUAUUAUGCCGUUUAUUCCCGUGAUUUCGAGAAGAUCAAGUUACUGAUGUCGAACAGUGCUUCCCUGUUUGUUGACAAUGGAGAAAUUUUGACAUUGGUAGUUCACACAAAUCAAACCGAAGUUUUUAAACUGUGUAUAGAUCAAGACUCCGAAAAUAUGAGGAAACUUAAGGAAUAUCGUUCAAAAGGUAAUAAUAGCCUACUUCAAAUUGGCGUCCAGAAAGCCAACGUCAAAAUGUGUGAGCUACUAUUGAACUUGGCGGGAAUCGAUGUGAAUUCAGUAAAUGAAAAUGGCAACACUGCACUGCACUUAGCUGCUACUGUAAGUACGAUGCGAAUGGCGGACCUACUUUUACGCUACGGAUCUCAUCUAGAUAUGACUAACAACGAUGGUAAAACACCUCUCCUCGUAGCAAUCGAAGUAGGUAAUGUGAAGGUAGCACAAUUCUUGCUAGCACGGGGUGCUUCCAAACUGUUUGUCAUGAACUACCGCUAUGAAACUAUCCAUGGAAUGUGUUUGCUGCAUUACGUGGCAAAAGAAGGGAUCUUGGAUUCGGUGAGAUUUCUCAUUAAUUGUGAGUUUUUCGAACGCACCGUUGUCGACGGUUCAGGGAAGCAUAUAGGACAUUACGCAGCAACGAACAAUCGAGGGCAUGUCGUCGAGUUUCUCAUUGCAUCUGGCUUUCCUCUGGAUCUGCCAGAUCACGAUGGUAGAUCGGCCAUGGUUUGUUCCAUAGAAAUGGGUCAUAUCAAAAUUGCCAAACGCCUGAAAGCCAUCGGAUGUUCAACUAGAAUAGUGCAGAACUACAACAAAACUCAUUCCUUUAUAGACUACGCAAAUUCGGAGAUUGAGCCAACUGUUAUGGAGUUUUUAAAAGAAUGUUUAGAACUGGACUGGCCUCAGAAUAUUGAUUCUCUACCCGUAAUUUCCAGGUUAAAAAUUGAAAUGGAGCGCAAGAAAACACCUGUUCACUUUGCCAUUGAAAACAACAGAACAUCUGAAAUCGAACAAAUUAUGAGUAAUUUUGAUCUAUCACCAGAUUGUCUAGACCUCCGAGGACAAUCGCCUUUACACUACAGCUGCACGUUGAAUAAUUUGGACGCUACAAGAAAACUAUUGACCCUUGGGGCUACCCUUGAUCUGCAGGAUGAUGCCAAUGCGACUCCAUUGAUCUACUGUUUCCUCAACGGACAUAGUAAGCAUGCGGAGGUUCUGAUUGAAGCUGGUGCUUCAACGGCGUUAGUAAUCUCCUUUCGAAUGUCGUCCCGAGAUGCCGAAACCGUACUACAUGUAGCGGCGAGAAACGGUUUCGCGGAUGUUGUUAAGUUACUGCUAAAAUUGGAUAUACUACCCGUCGAUGUUGGUGACUUAGAUUUGACUACGGCCCUCCAGGAUGCGGCCAUGUACGGUCAGAUAGAAUGUGUAAAGCAAUUACUGGAAAACGGAGCGAAUCCCAACUAUGUAGAUCUUCAGGGGACCACAAGUUUGACUCGGGCAUUUACCGGUUGUCACAGGAAAAUGGUCGAACUACUGCUUGAUUAUGGGGUGGAUUUAGAAAACUCUCGAACAUACCGAUCCCUCGAUAGCGAUGGACAAACAUUGUUACACCACGCCGUACGAAAUAAUUCGAACUUGAUUGAGAUUUUGAUUGAUAGGAUUGGUAUAACAGUGAACAGUGUCGACAAAAAUGGGCGGACUCCGUUGCAUUAUGCAGCUCGGGCCGGAUUGAAUGCAGUAGUUGAAAUUCUGCUCAAACAUAACGCUGACCCUGAUAUUCUCGACAAUAGGCAGGAAACUCCACUGAUAUCAGCAAUCGUAGGAGGAUAUUGCAAAACGGCUGAAUUGAUAUCGCUCAAGACAACAAAUUAUGUUAAUUUAAACAAUUAUCGAUCGCCUGACUCACAAAUCCCACUACUUCAUAUUGCAUUUCACAAAGGUUUUUUCAAUCUGAUUAUACAAUUAUUGUCCAAAUCAGUCCUAGAUUUAGGGGCCUUAGACGUAGAGGGUAGAACUGUUCUCCACUAUGCUGUUGCGGACGGCAUCACUCAUAUAAUAGAACAGUUCUUUUCCUAUUCACAAUUAUUUUUUACGGCUGAUAACAACGGUAUUACCCCUUUAGGUGUUUGUUUCGUUAGAUCUAAUACUGAAAUCUUCGAGCUGAUUCUCGAUGGAAUUAGGAAGGAUUUGAAUGAGUUAGACCUUAUCGAAAUUUUAAAAUGUAUUGUUCAAUUUAAAUCGUGCAAAUCAAUGAGAUUUUACUGCAAUUGGUUACUUAACAAUCAUCGUAAGUUUGUUGAAGGUAACCAAGAGAUAUUAAAUUUAGUAGAAGAACUAUAUCAGAAUACAUUAAUUAAAACGGCUAUUAUGGAAAACAGUAUCGGUUUGUUACAGUUUAUUUUGGUAUGUGCAGUCGAUAAAUCAGUGUUUCGAGAAGACAAAAUCCCUAUGAGUUACUUACAUGUGGCAGCUAUGCAAAACUUUGAUCGUGUUGCUGAAAUGCUUAUACUACAAGCAAAUUUACCUGUGGAUACAUUAUCGGAAACGCAUCAAACUCCUCUCGCAAUGGCCGCCAUAAUGAAGAACAUGGAAACUGCCAAAGUGCUACUUGCGCGUGGAGCAAAUGUGAACCAUAGGGAUUUGAGCAAAAGAACGCCGCUUCUAUCAGCUCUGGAAAAUGACCACAAGGAUAUGGUAGAACUUUUUCUCGAUCAUGGCGCCGAUAUGAGUAUGGUGCGCGAUUUCCGAUAUGAUACAGAUAAACGCCCCACGGUGAUGCAUUUUCUCGCUGUAAAAGGCUUGGUAAUUGCGCUACCUUCGGUAAUGCACUUUCUAGAUCCGAACUGUACUGAUUUGCAUGGAAUGACUCCGCUGCACCACGCUGCCAGUAACAAUCAAUUAGGGAUGAUUGAUUUUCUAGCCGAUUCCGGUGCGAUGAUUGAUUACAUGGACAAGGAUGGCACGACUCCUUUGAUGAGAGCUGCAUCUAAGGGCCAUAUCGAAGCCUAUCAUAAGCUAGUAGAAUACGGUGCAAGUAAAACUAAGCUUAAACAUUUCAAAAAUAAGAACUACGAUAACGAAACUGUAUUGCAUAUGACUGCAGAAAAAGCAUUCAUCGAAAUGACGAAAGUGUUGAUUGAAGAGCUUCAUUGUGAUAUCGAUUGUGUCGACAGGGAUGGCAACACCCCUUUGCAUUAUGCAGUAAAGAAAGGUAGCUUUGAUGCAGUAAAAUAUUUACUGAAAAUGAAGGCAAAUAUUCAUUUGGCCAACAAUGAUGGUGUUACGGUUGCCAAACUGCUAGAGCAGAAAAAUUACGCAAUCGAACCAAACGAGCUAAGUUCUUGAGUAAGAAAAAAAAAUCUUAUAUACUCCACUUAUUUACUAGACUUUAUUGUUAGCUAGCCCAAAUCGAAUAAAUUUGAAAAAGUGGGGAGAGAUGCCGCAAUUAUUUGAAAUUAAGAUAAAAUGAACAGC